AUGGCGGGGGAACUAGAAGCGGAGCGAGCGACGGGACUGUCGGUGGAGCGGAAGUUGUGCGCGCUGCGCUUCUUUGCCACCGGGAGCAAGCGCCGUAGGGAGCAAGGAGACGAUCGGGUGUCGCAGUCGACCGGGAGCGAGUGCGUGCGACGCGUGGCCGAGGCUGUCGUAAACUCAGGGGUCCGCAACAAGUGUGACCAUUUUCCGAAGACGUCCGAAGAAAAGGCCGCCGUGAAGGAGGGUUUCCUUCGGCGCGGCGCUAUUCCCGGCGUGAUCGGAUGCACGGACGGUAGCCUCAUUGCCAUUAUCGCACCCAAGGGUGAUCGCAAGGGCUACUACGCCGAAAACUUCAUGUUCAUCUGCGACGCGGACAUGAGGAUCCUAACCGUGUAUCCCAUGCGACCGGGGUCGGAUCACGACUCAUUCGUCAGGCGGACGACAUGGCUGCGCCGGCGGUUCCAGGCGGGGCGCAUCGCGAAUCCCGGUGUGUACCUCAUCGUUGUCAACUUGCCUCUCGUCAAAGCAGUACUCAGUGCACCAUUUCCAUUUUCAUGCAAGUGGCAGCGGCUACCCCUUGGAUCCGUGGCUCCUGACCCCAGUUCCCGGCCAUCCUCAGAUACGAAAUAA